AUGUCGACAUCUACAGUGACUACCCAGCAGACACAGAGAUCUUUUCGCCUGGCUGGUGAGGAGCAAAUCAAGUCGGCUGAGAGCGACGCUCAAUUCCAGUCUGUUGCCCGUGGUGAUCGCAAUGGCACCUUGAAGCUACGCGGUAUCCCCACCUUCUCGGACCCGCUGGAGAAGCGCAAAUGGAUGAAGGAACACAUGGCUGCUGCAUUCCGUUACUUCGGCAAGAUGGGAUAUGCCGAGGGUGUUUCUGGUCACAUCUCUAUGCGAGACCCUGUUCUGAAAGACCACUUUUGGAUGAACCCCUUUGCCAAGCACUUUUCCACCAUCAAGGCCUCCGAUCUGGUCUUGGUGGACAGUGAUGGAUAUGUCACUGAAGGAGGUGCCCAGUUGCCCAUCAACGAGGCUGGAUUCAUGAUCCACUCUGAAAUCCACAAGGCCCGUCCGGAUGUCGUUGCCGCGGCGCAUACUCAUGGCGUUUACGGCAAGACAUGGAGUGCUUUUGGAAAGCCAAUUGAGAUGCUGACCCAAGAUGCAUGCAACUUUUACGGCCAAUUGAGCGUUUAUGAUGAUCACGGUGGCGUCGCGCUCUCUCAAGAAGAAGGAAAACAAAUUGCGGCCGCACUCGGCAAGGAUAACAUUGCAUGCAUUCUGCAGAACCACGGCCUUCUCACUGUCGGACGAACGGUUGACGAGGCGGCUAUUCUAUAUUCAAUGCUGGAUAAUGCUUGUCACUCCCAGCUAAUGGCCGAAGCGGCCGCCGCGAAUGGUAUUCCUAAGCGUAUUAUCAACAAUGAGGUGGCCCAAUAUACUGCCGAGUUCGCCCAGAACCCCCACAACCUUUAUACUGAGUUCCAGCCUGAAUUUGACUUGGUGGUCGAGGAGUGCAACGGGCGAGUACUUCAAUAG